GUAUGUUCUGCGGGUGAUGUCAUCUUUGCCCGACGGACAAGACCAGUAGCGACGCAGCAGCUUGGAUGACUGCUGAAACAAACGAAACCCACCCAGACAUUCAGUCAUAAAUUUGAUAUAACAUCAGCAAUAUGUUGCCAAUUUAGUUCACAUCUGUGCUCUAAACGCCGGACCCACCCUGUCAGCAGCAGUUCAGUUCAAUAGUCCCAUUCCUUGUUACACGAAUUGCAUACUAGUCGCAAGCCUUAGGCUUGGAAUAGCUCUGCUAACGCUCGGCGCAGCUUGUCGCCAUUCCGUAUCACCAGCAUGCGGCAGGGCCGACCGCCGCAGCGUGUCAUCGCGCUCGUCGGAGUGUUCGUCGUGUUCCUGGCCGUGCCAGCAUGGGCGUCGCACUAUCGGGGUGGCUCCAUUGACUACACAGCCAAUGCGACACACAUUACUGUGUCCGUGACGCAAUCCUGGAUUGCAGUCCUGCUUUGGUGAGAUUGUGUGGCCCCGAUCUACUGCCAGUCUGGCAACGAUUGGGAAAGCGUACGAGCUGGAUAUGCGGCAGUCGUCGGGCGGGCGCCAGGGGGAGUUGAAUUUGGAACGUGGCGGCAGGGACACCCUAUCAAAUGUUAUGGCAGGCCGUGGCUAUGAGGGCGUGCCAGAGUGUCCAGUUGUGAGGAAUCGCGGCAAUCAGGGGGAGCAACUGUGAAGGCGGGAACACAGCAGGCUUGCUGUGCAAACCAGUGUCGCGGUUGGCGUAUACUGUAUGGCACAGUGUUUCGGUAUUGGAGCAUGGCACCAACAUGAUGUCUAUUGUCGCCAGUCGUACAUGCAAUGCUAACGGUUGUGCCAUGCAAAGUGUGGCUACUAACGUAGUACGUGGAGGGCGCGUGCGCGGCUCACACUGAGUCUGCACUGAGUCUGCACUGAGUCUCACUGAGUCUGCACUUUUGAGAGCUAAAGAAGCCAACGUGGCGCCCGGAUGACACACGAUAGCUGAUGAGUGCUGCUCGAGGGGGAGUGUUGAGGUGCGAUCAGCACUCAUAUUCCCGGAGAAUUGCCUUGCAGGGAUGCUGCCCCGUGCACAGGGAAUGCAGCGAGUUACUGACUAUGUGCGAUGCAACUGGACAGAGUCCCUGGGGAGCAUAAUUACUAUGUGAUUGUGAGUUCUUGUUUGCACAUGAUAUGCGUGCCGGCGUGGCCUUUUCGGUGCAGGUGUGAGUGAAUCACCUGUGAUUGUGUGAGCAAAUGCGAGUGAAGCUUUGCUACUGUUUGCACGAGUGAAGUGCACUGAGAGUGGUUUGCUAUGUGGCAAGUGAAGUCACAUGUGGCGAGUGAAGUCACGGACUGGCAAGGAUCCACGACUGGCAAGUGAAGUCAGAUGAACGAACAUGGCAAGUGAAGCCAGGAUGCCGGUGGUGCGGCAUGAUGCGGUGUGUGAAACCGCAGGCACAGUGAGUGAAGCCGUAGGUACGAGUGAAUGCAGCAGCAGUCUGACAAGGGGGAGCCGUCGGACACGGGGGAGCCGUUCUGUUGUAGAUGGAAGUUGGGAUGGAGGGGGUGCAGUAGGACACCGUAAGCAAUUGUGCUUAUGAUGGAUGAGAUGAGACGAUUGGCAGUAGCACAAGUGCCUACACGCGGACAGCGUACAAGGUAUGCUGAGACUUGCUUGUGGAGCGAUUGCAAUAAAGUAUGGAGUUCUGCCCGCGGGGGAGUGUUAAGAUAUCGGUCAGAAAUAUACCGGUAUGCAAGGGAGAACGUAGGGGAGUCCGAGAGUGCGUGUGCCAUGCACCAUGCAAGGACCCAACCCGGAACCCAUGCAAGGGUAUAAACCAGGGAGCUACCCGAGGUGUUCCAGUAGUUAUCUGUCGUGACGAGCAGUUUGGCUUUUGGGAUAUGUUGUUCAUGACGAUGCCUGACAGUCACAAUCCCAGGCACAUGGGUUGCGCCUUUACUGGUUGCAGGUGGUCAGCGUGAGGAGUUUCUGGGAUUUCAGUGCGACGGUAAAGGGACACCUGCAGUGCGUGCGAGCUGUGCGUAUACGAAAGGUGUCAACCAGGUGACCAUGAAGUGCGUGCGAGCAUAACAUGGGGGGAGCACACGUGGAUGCGAUAUCAUUGGUGUUGAGUCAGGUGGUACAAUACCGUGCGCGGGGGAGUGCCUGUCAGUCGGAUCAGCACGUGUGUGGGGAACAUCAGUUGUGAAGUGAUUCGGGAUGUGGUGAAAAGGGUAGGCGGCCUAACAGCCUGAAGCCUAUGAACACGAGAGUUGCGGUUUCCAGGCGUGCGGUGGCGAUGGUAGUGGCGAAACCGCCGCUGUUGGUGGAUAGGCAGCAUGAGAGUCGGGGAGUAGUUGAACAGUAGAGCUUAGCACACCUCCAGUGUGGUUUGGUGGAUGUCGGACUUGUUCACGUAUGCGCGGACGCGUGCGUAGCGUGUGAGGACUCAAUCAGACAGGUGCUUCGCAUUGGCCGUGCGAGAUUGCCUUAUCAUGAAGGGCCUGAGCAUUUAGGCACCAGUAAGGUAGCCGCAAGGAGUGAGAAUCGACUUGGCUUCCGACGUUCAGUGAAGGGCGUGGGCCAGUGUCAAACCAUGGUGCGCACAUGGAGAAUCGGUAGGCUUGGCGUAUAGCGGGUAUCCUAUACGAGGUGGCUCUAGGCAAGGUAUGUUCUAGAUAAAGGCUGACGUUGGCAAGGACUAUCUGACGUGACAAGGCUCGGCAGACUGGUGAUCUGUUUGAGGGGUUUCGGUGUCGGCGUGGGUCGUGGUGUUCGUAUGAUUGGGGCCAGGUAGGCUGGUGACCUACUGGGUGUUAUGGAACCUGUCUUGGUAUGCCUGGCGUGCUUUGCCGGUUAUGUGUUGAGUUGCCGUGCCUUCUUCGGCGUUACGUUAGCCAUUGUAGGGGAGUAACGGACCACAUCAGGUCAGCGCUUUUCCCUUUGUCAUUUUCGCUAAGAGGCUAUGGUGUUUUACUGUUUCGCAGCAGUUCUUUAGCUGGUGAGCAGUCAAGGUUGGAGUGUUGCUGUUGUAGUCGAUGAUGUGGGUAGGUGCAGCCCGCGGGGGAGUGUUGCGGAGAGAGCUUGACGGGAUUGCGGUCUGCCCCUCCCCCCCAUGCGUGUCGUGUACGGCUAGGGCAAGCCGGUGUAGAGCCGACUGCAGGCUCCACUAGCCAAGAAGCCAAUGAGCCUCUGCGCUACACAAUAGGCUAGCAUAUGGCUGAGGCCAACCAAUACCAUGUUAACAGAGUAAUUGGCAGUCAUGUGACCCAACCGCGCCCAACUCUAUGGGGUUGCCCCUAGCACUAUAGCAGUUAUCUAGGCUCGCCCACGCAGAAUCUCUUAACACAACGUAUCACGUACCCGAAGGACCAAAGCCCCAUCCCGAGGCAUGGCAGACCGCUGCACCAAUGUAAACACCAUGUACU